GCGGAUGUAAACACGGAAAUAGCAUAAAAGAUCUCAAAGCAGGAGAGGAUGACACGUCGACAAUGAACCAAAAAUACUCUGUGUCCUCCCGAAAUCACAUUAAAUGUUAUAUAUUCCAGUCAUUAACAGAUUGUAGUAUCUACUCCCAACUGGUCUCUCCUAUAAACCUGCCAUGGAUAAAAACGCAGGUUUGGUUUUAGCCACAGAAAGAUACGGCCGUGGUCAGGCUUGGAAGUAUUUAGUAAAUGAUGGAGUGUUGGAGAGGAGGAGGGAUGGGAGUGAAGCUGGAUCAGGAGGCGACUACAUUGUUGGACUCUUUAAAAGCGUCUUUCUGCCUCAAGGCUACCCAGAAAGUGUCAGUAGUGAUUACCUUCAGUACCAGUUCUGGGAUACUCUUCAGGCUUUCUCCAGUUCCCUGUCUGGGACUCUGGCCACUCAGGCUUCCCUUAAAGGCGUUGGAGUUGGAAACCAGGAGGCGACUGUAGCUGCAGCCACAGUUACCUGGUUAUUAAGAGAUGGAACUGGCAUGUUGGGAAGAAUCCUCUUUGCCUGGAGAAAAGGGAGUAAACUGGACUCUGAGGCUAAAAAGUGGAGGCUUUUUGCUGAUGUUCUUAACGACAUUGCAAUGUUCAUGGAAAUCUUGGCUCCUCACUUUCCGGCCGGCUUCACUUUGAUAGUUUGCACUGCAGGAAUAUUCAAGUCUAUUGUUGGCGUCGCCGGAGGAGCGACUAGAGCUGCACUUACUGUUCAUCAGGCUCGCAGGGAUAACAUGGCGGAUAUCUCUGCCAAAGAUGGCAGUCAGGAGACUUUAGUGAAUCUUGCUGGACUGCUGGUUAGCCUUUUACUCAUUCCUCUUGUCACUGAUAAUCCAGUCCUGACUCUUACCCUGUUCUUCCUCUUUACCAUCCUUCACCUCUUCGCCAACUACAAGGCUGUGCGUUCGGUCAUUAUGGAAACCUUCAACGAGGCGCGGCUUUCCAUCGUGUGGCAGCAAUACCUGAAGGACGGACGACUCCUGAGUCCACUUGAGGCAAAUCAGAGAGAACCCGUAUUCCUACAGUUUGGAAACACCUCACAAAUUAAACUUGGAGUUCGGUUACAGGAUGUUGCACAGAGCCCAGAGGAGCUGAAUUUGGCUUUAAAAGAAAACAACAUGCCCUUCCUGUUGGGAGUCAGAAAUGAUUGUAUUUGUGUUUGUUUGGGGACAGAAGCAUCAGUCCAUGAUGAAAUCAGAGCAGUGUGUCAGGCAGUGUGUAUCAGCAACAUGCUGGGUUGUCCAACGGCCACAGUACCAACAUCUCAGAAACCAACGCAGCAACGUUUGUGGGAAAUGGUGCAUGAGAGUCACAAGCUGUUGGAUGCACAUUUCUCUCCAUUUCUCAAAGGUGUUAAAGCGGCAGGAUGGGACACAAAAAGGACUUUGCUGGACUGGGAUGAGUGGAGAGUGGAGUGGAAAACAAAAAACAGCUGAGCUGCUUUUGUAGCUUAUUUUUUUGUUAAUUAAACAGCUGUAUUUCUACAUGUUUUAUCAUUCUUUCCAAAUGAAAAUAUAACAGCUUUGAGUCAUUAGUGUGGGAGAAGGUAAAUAUUUUUGUAUAAUGGUAAUUUGUUAUUAAAAACUAAAAAUUGAA